AAUAAGCCCAACACCAACACAAGAGUAGUUAUAGUUUGCAAAAACCCACCAAAACCCUAAACAAAAGAAAGAAUUUUUGGAGACUCAAGUAUCAAGUAUCAAGUAUCAACAAUGGAGGAAACCCAGAUGGAGGAAGAAUGUAAAAAAGAAAUAAACGGAACCCAGAUUGAGGAAAAAGAAUCUGAAGAUACCCAGAUUAAUGAUGACAGAGAUUCCAACUCACAAACUGAGGUUGCUCCUGCUUUAAUUGCAGUUCAUCCCUUUGAUCAAUCCAUUGCAGUGGCUGUUGGGUCGGAUCUCCGCAUUUUUAAUCUUGCAAAGAAUUGUUGUGUCUCCUUGGUAGAUGAAUCCAAGGAAAUUCUACAUAGAGAUUCUAUUAGAGAUGUACGUUUCAGUGAGACGGGAAAGCUUUUGGUAUCGGCGGGUGAUGACAAGCUAGUUAAGAUAUGGAGCACAGAGACCUGGCAAUGUCUCUGUACUGUAAACUCGGAAAAGAGGGUGAGUGCAGUUGCUAUUAGCAAAGAUGAACAGUAUGUCGGUUUUGCAGACAAAUUUGGAGUUGUUUGGAUUGUAGAUCUUGAGGGGAUUGCUGAAAAUCAGCCUGUCUCCAACAAGAAGGCAGUGGCAAUUUUUGGCCAUUACUGUAGUAUCGUUACUAGCCUGGAAUUUUCACCUGAUGGACAUUUCAUAGUCAGCGCUGACCGAGACUUUAAAAUCCGUGUUAGUGUCUUUCCCAAAAACCCUUUGAAAGGAGUCCAUGAGAUUCAGAGUUUUUGUCUUGGUCAUUCAGAGUUUGUAUCAUGCCUCACUUUUGUGAACAAUUCAGAUUUCCCACAAGGAUUUCUCGUGUCAGGAAGUGGUGAUUCAACUGUUUGCUUGUGGAAUGUGACAUCUGGGUCACUUCUUUGUACACAUGAAGUGGGAAGAGAGUUAAUGAAGGCAAGUCCAUCAGAUGAAAGCCAUUCUGCUGUUACUGAUGUAUGCGCGGCUGGUGAUGGGUCAUUAGUUGCGGUUGCAAUUCAGAGCUUGCAAGGAAUAUUAUUGUUGAGCUGUGACCUUUCAGCUGGAAAGCUUUCCACCCUCAAGGUGGUUUCAGUACCAGGAGAAACAUUUAUCCCUACAAGACUGGGGAUGACGUUGUCAGGGAAUUUGUUGUGGAUGGUCACAGGUGCUUCUAAUCUACCAGGUUCAAAAACUGCAUCCUUCGCACGAAUCAAACUUGUGUCCAGUCUCAAGAAAAUAUCCAAUGAUUCCGAUUUUGAGCCUAGAGUUUUGAAAGAUGAAGAGAUACCUGGAGGAGAGCAAUUACUACAGAAGUUGCAAGGCAGUGUAUCUAUAGAGAGUGCGGUCUUCGCUGCUGCUGCUGAUGCCAUCAAUGCUGCAAUGAGCAAUUUAUUGAGAAAAAAGCAGUAUUCCGAUGAGAAACGCGAUUUCAGAAAGAAGACUAGAAAUGAUAAGAAAUUUCAACAAUAACAAGAUUGUUUUAUAAGCUAGCUCUAUAGAUAUCUUAAGGUUUUUACAUAUAGUGCAGAGCUCGAGUCAUGUCACAUGUAAUGCAUAAAGUAGAAAAUGUGGUUUGUUGCUGUGCUAUUUGUUGUAUCAUUUAAUUUGCUGCCGAGAAGUGAAUUUUGUAAGAGUAAUUUACCAUUCUCCCUUAUUCAUACUAACCAUUCUUACAGUGAAAUGUAAUGAAUGUGAACCCCUUUUUUUGUUCAAGUUAACCUUGUUUUGUUCAACUAAUGAAAGAAGUUAUAAGAAGAACUGUGUUAGAAGAAUGAUAUAUAUAAUGAAAUGAACUAUUAUUGUA